AUGUCAGUCACCACCACAGUCAUCGAAACCGAGCGUAUAACCAGCAACAUCCGAUUGCAGUGGACCAAGAAGACUUGCCACUUGAUGACGAACAUCAACCAGGGGCUCCUCCAUCGCGCAUUUUCGGUCUUCCUGUUCGAUUCCCAGAAGCGGCUUCUUCUUCAGCAACGUGCGACGGAGAAGAUCACGUUCCCUGACCUUUGGACCAAUACGUGCUGCUCGCAUCCUUUGGGCAUUCCCGGAGAGACUGGUGUUGGUUUGGAUGCGUCUGUGCAGGGAGUCCGAAGGGCUGCGCAAAGGAAAUUGGAGCAUGAGUUGGGGAUCAAGCCUGCGCAGGUCCCGCUGGAUAAAUUUGAGUUCCUGACAAGGAUUCACUAUAAAGCCCCAAGCGAUGGCAAGUGGGGAGAGCAUGAGAUUGACUACAUUUUGUUCAUCCAGGCUGAUGUUGAUCUCGAUGUCAACGUGAAUGAAGUCCGUAACACGAGAUACGUUACGGCUGAUGAAUUGAAGCAAAUGUUCACGCAGCCCGAUUUGAAGUUUACACCCUGGUUUAAACUUAUCUGCAACUCGAUGCUGUUCGACUGGUGGGAGAACUAUGGCACUGACUCGUUCAAGAAACAUUUGAAUGAUAAAGAACUGCAUCGGAUGGUAUAA